AGUAAGUGUUUAAAAUAAAUGAUCAAAAUAUAUGCAGAUAAAUAAUCAAGAUUGCUCAAUACUCAUCACAAGGACAUCAAAUCUGAGGUCACUGGGUCAUACAACAUUUCAAAUGUAUGGCCAAACAAAUAUCUACAGUAAAUUAGCAUGAGGUAAUAGCACACUUCCUAGGUCAACUUAAUAACACCAGACUUUUUUUUCAGAAAUACAAAAUAACACGUUUUGAUUUGGACUUUGACAGUGAGCUUGACACACAUAAGUGGAAUGUUGUUAAUUUUUAUACUCCUAAUCUCUAUAAAUAAUGAGGUUACUUCCUUGUGUCCAAGCUUGGUUCAAACGUAUCAACAUGCUGCCACAAAACCUAAACUCGAUCUCCUUGAUAAUUCUACUGUGUCGACAAGGUGUUGACACAAAAAGAUAUUUCUCGUGUGAAGGUGGCUCUGUUCCACUCAGCUGUGAUUGGGGAUACAUAAAGGUGAUUACAGCCAACUAUGGGCGAACCGAUCACACAACAUGCUCCACUGGAAGAUCACUUCAUCAGCUCUCAAACGUCGACUGCUUCCAAGAGACAUCCGUCCAUGUGAUGUCCAAACGAUGCGAUGGAAGAAAGAGUUGUUCUGUUCCUGCAGUGAACUCUGUUUUCUCUGACCCUUGUGUUGGGACUUAUAAAUACCUGGAUGUCUCCUAUUUGUGUCUCCCAUUUAGAAAAAGUGUCACAUGUGAAGGCAAGCGAACUCUCAUUGACUGUGGUAAUGGUGUGAUUUGGAUACAUCAUGCGAAUUACGGACGACGGGAUCUUGUAACCUGUCCUCAUAAAUUAGCAACAACACCAGACUGUUACUCUCCUCAGACCCGCAGCCUGCGUUCCAGCUGCAAUGGGAAGAAUUAUUGUCAAUUAAAUGCCUCAAAGACUUCAUUCCUCUCUGAUCCAUGUCCGGAUGUCCAUAAAUACUUAGAAGUGAUGUACAGCUGUAUAUAAUAUUGUGAGUAUCCUGCUAAAUAAAUCUUUUAUAUAUGCUUAAAUGUAUUUUCUAAAUGAAAACAUGUC